AUGGCCACCCGCAGUACAGGUCCGCAUGAGCAUGUUGCCUUGGUUUCUACCGCUGUACCCGAACCAACUUGUUAUUCUCAGGCGGUCAAAUUCCCAGAAUGGCGUGAUGCAAUGGACUCAGAAUUUAAUGCCUUGGUUCAUAAUAAUACUUGGGGUCUUGUUCCUUUUGAAUCAGGUAUGAACGUUGUUGGUUGCAAAUGGGUUUUUAGAACCAAACGAAAGGUCGAUGGUUCCAUUGAACGACACAAAGCUCAGUUGCUUGCUAAAGGCUUUAAUCAGGUUGCUGGAGAGGACUUUUUUGAGACCUUCAGUCCCGUGGUUAAAUCAACCACGCGUUCUCUGUAUGGGCUCAAGCAGGAACCUCGUGCCUGGUUCACGCGACUACAUGAUUAUUUGGUCUCUGUGGGUUUCUCGCCCUCUAAAACUGGUGUCUCUUUGUUUAUUUAUUCGCGUGAUGAUAUUCGGUCGUACUUUCUUGUUUAUGUUGAUGAUAUCUUAAUUAUGGGGUUUGAUUCGGAUCGUGUUACUGCACUGGUCAGUAAGCUGGCUCUUGAGUUUAAAGUUCGUGAUAUGGGGGUUCAGUCCUUUUUCUUGGGAAUUGAAACUGUUCAAUUAUCUAGUGGUAUGCUUUUAUCUCAGCAGCGUUACAUGAAGGACAUUCUGAAACGGGCAGGUAUGGUUGAAUGCAAACCAUUGGUCACGCCAGUUUCGUCUGUUAAACCCGUGGAUGGUCCCCUGGUUCCGUAUGCAGAUCCAACUCAUUACCGCAAUCUUGCAGGUGCCCUACAAUAUCUUGUGGUAACUCGCCUUGAUCUUUCUUAUGUCGUUAACCGUUUGUGUCAGCAUAUGCAUGCUCCUACAACUGUAGAUUGGGCAGCUUUAAAAAGGGUACUGUGCUAUGUUAACGGUACCCUCAAUAUUGGUCUCCACGUAUCUGCUUCUAAUUCUCUUGAUAUUCAUGCAUACUCUGACUCGGAUUGGGCAGGUAAUCCGGACGAUCAAAAAUUCACUAGCGGUUUUGAUAUUUUUCUUGGGAAAAAUCUUAUAUCUUGGGUUUGUCGCAAGCAAAGGACUGUGGCUCGCUCCUCAACUGAAGCUAAAUAUAAGGGGUUAGCUGAUGUGUCUGCUGAAGUCACCUGGCUUGUCUCUCUCAUGUAG